AAAAAAUAUAUAAAUAAUAACUUGAGUAUAUUUUGCAUUCGCAAUUUUUUCCUAUUCUUAUUAUUAUUAGUAAUUUGUUUACUUAUCUUACUUUCCUCAUUUUCAUCCACUAACAAAGCCAAAAGCAAAGCUUCUUCUUCUAUAUCCUGUACACUCAUUGCAUAUUUCAAUUUAGAAUACUCUUAAAGAUACUAAAUUUGUCGCUGAAAAAUCGCAUUGUUUUGCGGACAUGUAGUCCGCCCGGUGACCGCCACCGCGAUCGCUAUCGCCAGUGCGGCCGCCACCGCUCUGGGUUGCGACUUGCGCCCCACUUUAAGCAGUCGGGCUGUCGGGCACACGAGGGACGUGGACUUGAGCAUUAUAAUUAUGUACGCGCAUUGCUUGCUCCCAUUUUCCUGUAUUGUUUUUUAUGCGUACAAGCAGGUGCAGACUGAUAGAUCACCACCAUUACCGCCUCACCGGACAAGCAAUAAGGAAGCCAAAGCUCGUCUGUUUUCAAUUAAAUAUUAUAUAAUAAAUUAAGAAGAAUGGAGAAAGGAGUUUCCAGGAUGGUUGUGAAGAAGUUUGAAGAGCGACCAGUAUGUAAUAAAGAAGUUAACCAGACAACUCUGAUUGUUUUCUUCUACCGAUUUUGUACUUGAAUCUAGCGAAUUCCAACAACUGUCUAGAGACUUCGUCUUUUAUGGUUCGGCAACACUGGUAUGCGUUGCGUGUAUCCAACUGUCCAUCUUUGCAUCCUUCUGUGAGAUUGCUGAUUUCGCCGCAACUACAUUUUUAUAUGUUUUAACAAAGUUGUGCUGUUCUUUAUCUUUUGUAAAUUUAAACAGUUUGGUACUCAUACCAAACGGUAUUUCUUCUGACCCCUACAUUUUGGCUCUAUUCGCUCCCCUUAAAGAUCCGAAAUCCGAAGAAAUAUUUGCUGACACAACCAACUGAGUCAUUACGAGUCGUGCUAUUGUUGUUGUAGAAUUAUGCCACCAAAAAAGCAAAAGCAGACUCCUCAUAAUGCAUUCUACUACUUCAUGCUUGAUUUUAAAAACUCGCAAGGGAGAAAUUACAGGAGUAUGAAAGAAGUAGCUGAUGCAGCUGAUCCUGUUUGGAGUAGGAUGAGCAAAGAAGAACGUAAACCAUUUGAAGAAAGAGCACUUUUGGAAAAGAAUAGAUUGAGAGCUGUAAAACUUACGUCUGAGGGGUAUGAUGUUGCAGAGCUUGAACAAGAAGAAAUGGUGGAAAAUAAGAAAAUGCAAGAAAUGAGACAUAACAUAAAUUCUAUUAUUGGAGUGGCUGAUAAGUCUGGAGUGCUACCAGAGGAAAUUUUUUGCAUUAUACACAUAAAUACGUUUAUAUAUCACGUAGCCGAGCAAAGGUAUUUCCCUGCGGAAAUAGCUGUUUCUUCAUUCACUUUACAACAUGGCAUCGUCAAUGACGGAGGCGUUUUCCAUAAAAUGAUUAAACCAGGUACUCUGCCUUUGGGAUAUGCAGCAGACGCCAGACUUCAUGCAAAUGAAACGCACCAAAUUGAUCCGCCUACUCUUGGUGAUGAGGCAAAUAAUGAAGAAGAGGCGUUUCAUGAGUUGAAAGAAUUUAUGCAGACUCGUUUGGUUGGAUCCAAGAGAAUUCCAAUGCUCUACACUAUUUCAAAGGAUUUAAAGAUGGUUCAGCAGGUACUUGAUACCUGGUGUGACAUUUUGGGAGAGGCACGGCUUUUCCAAGUGUGGAGUCUCCAGUACUUAUUCAGAGUUUUGCGAAAUACGGUCUCCAAGACAAACAUGUGGAGCUCAGACACUUUCAGUGAUAGAGUUAUUGAGAUGGACAAAUUUGCCUAUUCUAAAGGCAUUUGUUGUAAUUAUCAUGAGGUUACCAAUGUUCCCCAUUAUUGCAGUAGAUCAGUUGUAGUGCGCUAUGCUUAUACUAUUUGUGAUAAUUGCUGCGGAGACUUGGAUAUACCUCUUGUACCUGGACAUCAUGUACCACUUACUUCUAAAGUGCCGAGAAUUAGAGCAUCUAGUCAAAUGAGUUUGGCAUCUUCAAAUAUGCGACCUACAACUCGUGAUGACGACACUGACAGUGUGAACUCGAUGUCCACUCAUUCAGAAUGGGAAAAAGAAUCCGUAACUUCGUACACAUCUGCAACAGAUUCGGCCGAUGAUUUCCCGGCAUUGCCAGCCGCUGGGAAGAAUCCCGCUUCAACUAUUUCGUAUACAAAUUUUGGCGAUACUGACAGAGCUAGUGUCACUAGCUCCAGCAGCAAAAGUUACGCGGGAUCUUGCACAUCUGGCCGUGGUAGAGGCAGGGCCAAGAGACAGGCUGAUUUGCCGUCUACGUCUUCACUCGCUAAUGAAAUGAAUAGACUUGAUUUUGGUGCGGGUGGACCGAGCUUUAGCAUGAACCGCAAUGAAUUUCCAUCAUUAGGGGGAAGCGUACCAGGCUCCAUGGCGCGAGGCCGUAGACCAAAAGGUCAAUCAAGCAACUCACAAACUAGUCAGGAAUAAUGAAACAUUAAACACUGAGAUAACUUCACUAAAACUGUUCGUAAUGUCCGUUUCCACUAACUUAUAUCUAGAUUACCUAAAAUAAGUGUAAUGUUUGAAGAUAUUACUUGAACAGCUUCAAAAAACGUUGCCAAUGCAGUCGUUUGACUAAAGUUACCUAAGUAGUGGAGCGCCGGGGUUUUGGCCUCGGGAUAAAGUUAACAAUAAAGGAUACUUUGACUGCUUUAGGAACUCGACCAAAGCGUUAUGCUGCAAUACUUGAGUGAGAAAGACUGUUGAUUUUACAAUAUAAUCUGAUGUUCGUGUACUUAAUGUUCAUGUAUGCGCCAAAAUCUUGUCAUCUUAAAAUGCAUAUGCAAUAAUUGCUGGAUUCUAUAUCCUAGCUACCUUUUCACUUCUCUAAGUUAUUGGAUUAUUAUGAUUCCAUCACAUUCAUGCCAUUAGUGUCAAUUAACAUUAAUCAUUUCGACAGAAUACAGUUUUGGAUGCCAAUGAUAAGUAUAGCUUUAUGAUAAGUAACAGCAAUAAUUGAUUUAAACUCUUUUAGAUUGGACACAAUUCGCGACAGUGACGCCGGACUUCUGAGGUGGAAUCUAAUAAUAUUCCUCAAAAUCCAACUUAAGGGCAAAAUGCUUUCGGCCUGACAAGACUGAUAUUCAGUAAAAAAUGAUUUCAUUUUUGAAUCCAAUACACUUGAUCCAGCGCAGCUUCUUCAUUGGACCCAAACCGCUUUCCACAAGGAGGGUACCAAAUCAAGAAAAUAGGGGGGAUGAUGAAGCAAAUCAUACCCAAAUUCUGCAGUUUUCCAUGGUUAACACCUUUGCAAGCAGUUGCAUUGUCCUGUUGAAAAAUGAUCUUUUUCUUUUUCAAUUCAGGUAGUAACAGAAUCCCUUUCCCAAAACACAAUGAAAGCCAUGCAAGAUAUUCACAAAAUCGUGUUGACCAGUUACUCGAGAGAACAAGUGGACACUUGCCAUAUAGACAAAUGAUAUCUGUACCCAUGGAAGAAUUAUAAAUUUCCGGUGAUUGGAGCGUCAAGUCUGUGUCAGGCCGAGCACUUUUCACCUUACCUUCGAAAGUUCACAAAAUGUCAAUAACUACGAGUAUACUCGGUGGUACAUGGAAUUCCGGACUAAUCUAGAUGUGUUAAUAAUAAGUUGUAGUCACAAUUUCAAUUUGUGUUGUUUUUUAAAUUCAGACAUUCGUUUUUUUUUCUGUUACGCUUAUACGUUAUGUCCUUCACUGAUUGCGUUGAUCAGUUAUCGUAGAUGUUCCGAGAAAACAAAGUUCCAAUCAUAAUUUGUCAUAUUCAGAAAUUUUAAGGUUCGCGCAUAUCAAUAAUUGAUAUAUAGUAGGUAUGACAAAAGUUAGAUUUUUGGAGGAAGUGUUGCAAACCUGUCUGUCUUAUGCUAAUGAUACAUAAAAUGACAUUUAAAAUGAAAAUAUUUUCACACCUUGAAGGCUUCGGGAAUGAAACAUAGCGCAAAAAUUAUCUUUGCCCUUGACUGUUCCCAGUUGCAUUUAAAUAUUACGAAUACAUGUUGCUAAGGAUAAGUAAUAUUUCAACCAAGUGUUGAUAUUUAUUUUUACUAUAAUUGAAAAACUACGAGUUGACCUUUCAUCUUUUUGGAUAUUUAAUUUUAGUGUUUGUAUUUUAAAGUGAGAAGUAGCUUUGUCUUUCACACCAAAGUGUUUUAUACCCCUCCAUCGAUGAGUUGAAAGUUAUAUUAUCUUAUGAAUCGGAUAAAACGUGUUUCAAGAGAAACAUUUGUUUUUUGAAUACCUGCUAUAUAUCAGCUAGUUUUUCACCUACUUGAGAUUCGAGAAAACUGCAUUUCUCUUUAUAUGUAUAAGUAUUCUCAUUACUAUGUAUAUGUAAGUUAAUUUUCAAGUUGCUUUCAUUUUUAAUUUUCAUUUCUCUUGAUGGUCUGUAAAAAGAGACAAUUUAGUGAGACGUGUACGUCGUGAUACUGUGUAUUUCAAGGAAAAAUCGUUAAUUUUAAUUUUUAAGUCAUUUGACAUAGGUAUGACAUAUAAGUUGUUCUGUAAAGAAACUUGUAUUUUUUGUAAAUGUUUUUUGAAAACAAAUAUAAACUAUAAACGUUUUA